AUGGCUACGAGCGUAGUGCAGGUGGCGGGCAAGGACUUCGACCUCAGUGAGGUCCUUGGCCUCAAUGCGCACGGGCUACAUGCGAUGCUGCGUGCCUGCGCUGAGGGGCUGUGCGCGGCACAGGCCAGCACGAAAGAGCUACGCGCUGAGCUGGCCGCGGUGCGAAAGGCGGCCGACGAGCGCACUGCGAACCUCGAAGCCGCUCUCUCUGAUACUAAGGUGGCCGGAAGCUCGCUCGCAGACCUUCAGAGCGCCCAGGCCGAGGCGGCGAGCGCGGCCGAGACAAUGCGGCAGCAGAUUGGGGCACUGGGAGCCUCAGUUGAGCAGCGUCUCGCCUAUGGGGGGCAGGUACUAGAGGCCAAGUUGCAGAGUAUCGUUUGUGACCUGAGCGAGCUGAGAGCUACACUCUCGCAGAAGCUCAGCCGCGAUGCUCUUGACCAAAGCCUCCAGUCCCUCGAGGAGCGGCUUGGCGCGCUGGCGACGGGCGAGGCGCUCGUGGAGUGCGAGCACCGGCUCACCGAGCGCUUCAACCAGGCUAGCGCCGCAUCAAUCGAGCGGGCGGAAAAGCAAGCGGCCAGCGCGGAGGCGGCAGCGGCGCGGAUGACUCGCCUCGAGCAAGAGAGCCUGCCGCGCCUCCGGAGGGAGCUGCACGAGGAGAUCCGUUCGGCCGAGUGGCGGUCAAAUUUGACCAAGCAAAUGAAGGCGCUCUCCGCUGCAUCGGACGCGCGCUUCGCGGAGACCACUCGCGUCAGCGAGUCGCUCGAGCGUCGCCUGACUCAGCUGGGGGAGCAGCUUGCCGAGGCGCGCUCCGAGUCAUCCGAGACCCACGUCGCCAUGCGCAAGCUGCGCUCGGACUCCAAGGCGGCUUGGGAGCGAGCGGCCUCGGCAGAGGGCAGGGUAGCUGAGCGCCUGGAGAGGGCCGAGUCCGCUCUCGGCAGUCAUGGCACUGAGCUUGAGAAGCUGAGGAAGGAGGCUACACGCCAGGACCAACUGCGUCUCGAGCAGCACGAGGCCUCCCUUGAGGCGUGUGAGGAGGCUCGGCUCAUCGCGGGCAGCGCUCUCGACAAGACUGAGGCUCUCCGAGUCGAGGCAGCCGGCCGGCUUCAGAUGCUUCGCCAGCGGCUGACUCGGGCGGAGAAGGAGAUGCUGCGUCAGCUCGAGGAGUCAGCACCGCUCGACUCUCCGGAUGCCUACGCCGAGCUGAGCCAGCGCAUCGACACCAAGGCCGACGUGGACGCGACGGAGCGGUGGCUUGAGGCGACACAACAGCUCGGCGCGGAAGUGACCGCAAUGCACGCCCGCACAGCGACGCUGAGCAACGGGCUGAAGGUCCUGAUGCGCUGGGUCGAGGGGAUGGCCGACCGCGUGACAGGCGUGCAGGGCACGCAGCAUUCCCUCCAGAGUGCCCUCGCCGCAACUCGCGAAGAGGUCUCGCACAACGCAGAGGUGGCGCACGCCUCAGCCCAGGGCGUCGCGGGGCACCUGCGGGCGCUCCUCGCGACGAUGGACGCAGAUGCUCGCAGUCGCUCGGCGACGCGUGACGGCUAUUUUAGCCCGCAUUCCGCCGGUCCGCCCAAGACGACGCAGCAGUUUCCACCCUCGCCCGCCGCUGCCAGCCCGCGUGCAUGGAGCCGCGCGCAAACAGCACUCAAGGAGGCCGCGCGACUGCCGGCCGAGCCGAUGGGCGGAGGCGGCGCGUCCGCGGUCGCGACGGGCCCGGUGGCUGGACGGACCGCGCCGCCGACACCGCGCGGAACGAGCGCGGCGGCAACCAGCCAGGGGACGGGCGGCGCAGGCCAUGCCAUCACCGUCACCGCGACAUGA